AUGAGUUCUCCAUCACGGUCCUACCGAGACCGCUUAGAGGAACUCCGAGUUAGUGAUGAGAAAAGGCGGGACCUGAUUGAGGAGCUCAUUGACAAACUCGAAAACAGCAAUGCAAAGCUAGAACAGGCGGAGUUAGAUCUUCAGUCUGAGCAGGAUGCUCGAAGGCGACUUCAGCAGGACUUACUUGCCCUCCAAAGCAGAGCCAGGACCAUAGAGAGACGGUCGUUUGCGGUCGUGCUGAUUGAUGCGGAUGCGGACGGCUACACGUUUCAGGAUAGAUUUAUCAAAGGGGCAUCUGCAGGAGGUGAGGGGGCAGCUGAAGAGCUGUUCGCAGCUACACGCAAGUAUCUACGGACCAUCCUGGAUGAUUCUGAGAGACUUGAUGUGGUUGUCAAAGCAUUUGCUCACUUAGACGGUUUAGGCUCAAAACUCGCUCGAGACGGGCGAGUAAGAGACAUGGCCCAGUUAAGGGCUUUUUUCGCAGGCUUUAGUAGCCGUUUGCCCCUGUUUGAUUUUAUCGAUGUGGGGUCUGGUAAGGAGAGAGCGGACAAUAAGAUUCGAGAGUAUUUGAAGUUUUAUGCAGAAAUACCGCAAUGCAAGCAUAUUAUGCUUGCUUGCUGUCAUGAUUCAGGCUAUGCCCCAUUUUUGGGACAGUUUGUUGCGGAUAAAUCAAUUGAGGAACGCAUAACACUGCUUGUCGGUAGCCCUGCUACGCCGCGGAUAAAGCAACUUGGAUUCAAGCGUGUCACUCAUUUCCGUAGUGUAUUCACGUCCGCUGUCUCUCAGGAAGGAUCGAAUACGCCCGUACAAAGUGCUCAGGCAUAUUCCUUACCCAUCCCUGCUCGUCAGUUCGAAAAACUUGGACCAAUAAUGGCAAAGAACGGGAGGCGUGUAGAUUCGCCUCUAAGUGUUGAACAGCAGCUGGCUGAGAGGGUGAAGCGACUCGGGCUUUGUAGCUGGCUUUUUUUGCGAGGAGAAUGCAGGGGAUGCCAUAGAAACCAUCAGCACCCGGUUUUGAGUGACGAGGAAUUUGAUGCUCUGUGGUAUAUUUCCCGUCAGGGUCGGUGUUAUAAGGAUCAGCGUGAUGGCUGUUUGGAUCCGAAAUGUAUAUAUGGCCACGGUUCGGCAACCAGUGGCUAG